UUCAAACCGUUUACAAUUUUUGAUUCAAUUCUUUAUCUUUUGAUUUCUCGCUGUAAAAUUCGAUAAAAUGAAGUUUGCAGUGGUUUUGGCUUUUUGUGUUGCUUUUAUAGUGGUUAUCGAAGCUCAAAAUAACUAUAAUGAUAAUAGGAAUGGACCCCCGAGGUAUGGACACUACGAUAUUCAUAAUCCUGAUCGAGAUCAGGGGAGACCGUGGCAAAACGACUAUAGUGGAAACCAGGGAAGACCCUGGGAUGAGGGAAAUCGUGAUCAAGGUGAAGAGGAAUAUUAUAGUGGUAGUAGAGGUAACAGCAAUAGUGGCAAAAACCCAGGAAUUGAACCACUUGACCCAAGGAUCGGUACAGGACCAUUCAUUAAUACUGGACCACGUGAAGGACGUUACGUGCGUUAUCGGGGAAAUACUGGAGCUCCAGGAGUUGCCAUCAGAGAUGAUUACUACUAAAUUCUAACUCAAUUCCAUUAAAAUCUCUCUGAAAACUUGUGAUUAGCGGACACAUUAAGUGUUUCCUUUAUUUUUUUAAUCAUAACAUCUCAUCAUAUUUAUUAAUUAAAUUUACUGAAACGA